CAGUCCUUAAAGGCCAGCCUCUCAUUGAUGACUCGUUCGCAUCUGCAGUUUUUCUAUUCAAACAACUCUAUAAAUCGAAGCCUUUCGCCGAAACCUGAAAUUCAGAAAACCCAUUUUCUUGGGAAACAAUCUUCUGAACACACGUACAUAGAUAUAUAUAUAUAUAUAUAUACGUAGAUAGCUGACAACUAGAAUUCACUCAGAAAACCCAUUUACCUUGUCUUCUGAUUUUGUAGCAGAAAUUAGAGGAAUAGUAAUUCGCCAUGGGUAAAGCUCUGAUGAUUGCUCUGUUUUCUUGUCUCAUGGUUUCUAUGUUGGUCUCAUCCUCUGCCCAGCAGGCUUGUGAAGGUUUCAGUUUCUCCGGGAACAGGGUGUUCCGAACAUGCGUGGAUCUUCCGGUGUUGAACUCUUUCCUGCACUGGAACUUUAAUGAAUCAAGCAGCACGGCGGAAAUCGCGUUCCGGCACACCGGAGCCAGCCCUUCGAACUGGGUUGCAUGGGCUUUGAAUCCAACCGGACAAACAAUGAUCGGUUCUCAGGCUAUUGUGGCUUUCCAAAACUCUAGCGGCCAAUUCCAUGCUUUUACAACUCCCAUAACCAGCUUCUUUCCCAGCUUCACAAAUACUCCUUUGAGGUUUGGGGUUUCUGGGAUUUCAGCGAGCUUUGUUGACAACGAGGCAAUGAUCUUUGCAACACUUGAGCUGACAAAUGACUUGAUAAACACAAACCAGGUAUGGCAAGUUGGUCCCCUCGGCCCAAACGGUAUGCCUAAUCAGCAUCUCACAUCUGGACCUAAUAUGAUGUCGGUGAACUCGAUUAACUUCCAAUCGGGACAGACCACAAGUGCCGGAGGAGAUAUCACCUCAAGGAUUCGAAGAAGAAAUAUUCACGGAGUGCUAAACGCGGUGAGCUGGGGCAUACUGAUGCCUAUUGGUGCCAUGCUUGCGAGAUACGUGAAGGUGUUCAAAGUUGCAGACCCGGCAUGGUUUUACAUGCACGUAGUUUGCCAAUUCUCAGCAUACGUUAUUGGGGUUUCAGGAUUUGGGACUGGUCUUAAGCUUGGCAGUGAAUCUCCUGGAUUUACUCAGUACAGACACAGGAACAUCGGCAUAACCCUUUUUGUCUUUGGAACUCUUCAGGUAUUUGCUUUGCUGUUGAGGCCAAAGCCAAACCACAAGUACAGAUUUUACUGGAACAUCUACCACCAUUCGGUUGGAUACUCCACCAUCAUCCUGAGCAUCGUCAACGUUUUCAAGGGUUUGGACAUCUUGAAUCCAGACCAGAAAUGGAAGAGAGCAUACAUUGGCAUCCUCAUAUUUCUGGGUUGUGUGGCAGUCGUUCUUGAGGCUUUAACUUGGUUCAUUGUCCUGAGGAGGAAGAGAGUGGAAUCCGACAAGCUAUCAGGCAGUGUUAAUGGAACAACUGGGGUUAACCAGGGGGUUUAGAUCGCACUCUUUCUUUUUUUUUUUCCUUUUCUGUUCUGCGGUCUUUUACGACACGAUUGAGGAGGGUAUAUUACAUGAACCUUACAGAGCUGCUUAUUGAUGUUUCUUGUUGUGUUAGAUUACUUGGUAGAGAGGUGUUAAUUUGCAUGUGGAUAGGCUGUAACUUUGCAUCAUAUAUACAUAUGUAUAAAUAUAUUCAUGGGAUUCCAUUAUUUUAGUUUCAUAUAA